AUGUCUCGUGUUACUGCUCCCGUCGUCAAGCUCACCCGCGCCUUGAGCUCCACGACCGCAGCUCGUGCCGCCAACCCGCUCCUCGACGCUUCGGCUUACAAUGCCGGCGCCGUGCUGAUGCCAAAGUACGCAGAGCUCCUGCGCGGUCGCAGAAAUACCAUCGAGAUGUCCGAGUCUUCUCGAACCCUCACCACCACCCACCGUCCUACUCCUCAGCCCUCCAUCGCCAACCGCGCCAAGCCUCUGAUGCAGACCUUCUCCAGCGUCGCAUCCUCAACCUCAACUCCCGCUGCGCACCUUGACGCCGCUGUCCUCCCGGCCUUUAGCAGCUUCAACUCUUCCUCUUCAUUCGCAGAUGCCCUCCCCCGCAUGCCCCUUCUGCCCGACAACUACGGCGCCGCCCACCCCGCGCCUGAUGCCGAUCUGCCGGUUUCCAUCCCCAGCUCGUCCAUCGUCGCGGUUAACCCGGAUAACGUUGUCCCUGCCACACCGCUCUCUUCAUUAAGCGGCGUUCUGGACACGGUUGAGCUGAAAUUCGUGCAUGACCAGCCUGCUUCUCCUGCCGCUCAGGAAGAGAGCCAGGGCAUGAUCCGGGAUCUGUGGAAGGGCAUGGUCGAGGAUGUCUUUGGCUCAAAUCAGGCCGUCCCUAAAUCACAUUAG